CCCUAAACAUGACGUAGGAGGAAAGCACCGGAGGAAAAAAAAACACAUCACCAUAAAUUUCUUCCUGCGGGUCAGAAAGGAUCGUCACGAGUCCAUGAGACCGGUUUUCUCGUGAUCCGCCCCUCAAAUACCCUCCAUAACAAUCACAGGACGGUUUUCUGACAAUUCUACUCCCUCAAACAUGGCAGAAGUUGAUCUGGAACAGCGAGGGAACUCGAUCGACGAAAUGUUGAAGAAAAAGCGCGACCAGAAUCCCCUCCCUGAUCCAGAAACGUUGGACGAUCUCGUGCAGGGGUUGAAGAUUAUCUUCCAGGACAACGAGAUUAACGUGGAGGAAGUGAACGAGUACAUGUCCAAGUACAAGAGUAACCCCAGGGAGUGGUACAAGUACGCCAAGUUUGACCACCACAGAUACACGCGAAACCUUGUUGACCAGGGGAACGGAAAGUUCAACCUCAUUGUUCUGUGCUGGGGAGAGGGCCAGGGCAGUGGAAUCCACAGCCAUUCGGACUCUCACUGCUUCAUGAAGGUUCUAGACGGGCGUCUGGACGAGACGAUGUACGCCUGGCCCUCCGACUCCGAGGACGAACGAGAGCUGCAGAAAACAGACACACACGCGUACGAAACCGACGGUGUCGCUUAUAUCAACGAUUCGAUGGGCCUGCACCGAGUAGAGAACACUAGUCACACCAACACUGCUGUCAGUCUGCACCUGUACUCACCACCAUUUGACAUGGUGGAGUGUUUCGACCAGCGCACCGGGCACAGGAAGAAGGUCAGGGUCACCUUCUACAGCAAGUUCGGCAAGCGGACGCCCUUCGGUUGCACUUCUGUGGAGACUCUGGAGCCAGAAAAGUCGGAAAACAACUAAAGAUCGAAGUUUCAAGCUGUGUGAAACACACAAGGGAGCUGCACAGAUAAUAAUAACUGUAUAUCG